UUCAUUUCGAAUAGUUUCAUAUAUAUUAAAUAAAAUCGGUUUAACCAAAAGAGAAACAAAAAUCAAAGCGAAAGAAAGUAUAAAUUGAAAUUGAUUGCGCGGAUUUGAAAAUACCAAAAACAAAAUAGCAAACAAGAAUUAUAAAGUACACAGCUUACAACAGUUAUCAGAAGCUAUCGUACAACGUUUCGCCGAAGAGAGCAAGCCAUAAGUUUUUGAUCAGACGAAAGCGAUUUAAGCAAGUCAUAUAUGUAUUUAAAGUAAAACGUUAACAUAAUCCAAUCGAGUGUAAAUAAAAUAGACGAAAAGUUUCGGUAUUAAAAUGGAAAAAAAAACACAAAAGACACCCAAAUGAAAAACGUAAAUUGACGUACGAUUUGUGAAUUGGAUGUUUUCGUAUUUUCACACACAUACACAUAACACGUAUGCAGUCGGUGGGCGCGUCGAACAUACUCAACAAGAAAACAGGAAAUUAUGAUCAAAUGUUAUUAUAAUUGUUCAUGUGUGGAGGAUUUUCGAAUGAAAAACCUAACAAUUUUCAGUGAAAUAUGAAUAAUUAAAUGUAAAAAAAAAGAUUGAGAGAGAGACAGAGAGUUAAAAAAAAUUAACAUAAGAAACCUAAAUAAUUUGCACAAUGAUAAACAGAAAUAUUCAAAAAUUAUUCAAUUAAAAUUGAAAUCAGAUUAAAAAUCAAAUUUUUUCCCCGUUUGGUGUGUAAAAUAUAAAUUUAUCCGCAGUAAUGAUACUCAAGAUGACAUCAUCGAUUGAACCACGCAUUGUAAUAUCAUUGAAAUAAAGAAUAUUCUGCGCAAUUAAUCAAAUGAACAAAAUAAACGUAAUAAACACAGAAACUCAUUGUAUAAACGCGGAAUGCAGUAAAACAAAAAAAAGAAUCAGCGAGAAAGACAGAAACAAAAAAAAGCGAACUGCAUUUGCCUAAUGAAAUUUGUAAAUGAAGCCUGAAACUGAACUAUGGAAGUGAGAAAUGACAGUUUUAAUCGAAACAAAGCGACGAACACGACGAAGACUGCAUUUCGAAAUUCAAGUGCGUGUGGAAAAAAUAGUAGCCACAAGAGAAAAAACUAGUGUUAAAUAGAGUGAGUGAGUGCGAAAGCAAGGAGAGAGUACAUUUGUGUGGCAGUAGUGGAUUUUAAUUACGCGCUAAAAAUUGAAAUCAACGCACGUGAAACGAAAUCUGAUAUCUAUACCUACCGAAAGAGAGAAGGAAAACGAAUCCAUUCAACCAAUCAUAAGCUUGCUUAUCGUUCGAAUUCCGUGUUCUCUUUUCAAUUUUUUCUUGUUUCUUGUGUGUGCGCGCUCGUAGCUAAAUUUUUCUUUUUCUUUCUCAACUGAUUCGUAUAAUAUAUCCAGUUUUUGUGUGCUCGUGUUCGUUUCUUUUUUCUUUCGUUUUUUUUUUUGUGCCGGAUUUGUUUGCGGUUGUGUAUAUAAUGGAUUUCCAUUUCGCAUUUUAGCUGUAUGUACGGGAUUUCGUAAUUACUCUAAUAAUGGAUAUUGUUUCUGCUGUUUUUCAAAUUAAAAUUGGCACAAUUUGAUAUGUCAACACUCAUCCAGAUAUUCUGGGCAUAAAUGAAGUUUGUAUUCAGCAAGGAUUUGAAGAAAGAGAAAAAACGUGGUGUGCAAACGCAGUUUGAAAAUACGACGACGGCGGCAACAACAACAAAAAAGAAACGACAAAUUUUUGCAAGCAGAGAGAGUAACAGACUUAACAUAGUACACAUGUGAAGCGAAAAGCAGCACGUUCUCUUUUUUUUCGAGCAAACAUAAAGCAAAACGUGGAUGAAUUGCAUAUAUUGCACACAAAAGCAGUUUUCACCGCAAAUUUUAUCCGUUAACAAGAAGUGAGGCAUCGACACAUACACACACACCAGUUAAGUCAAAAAGUGGCAUAGAAAUAGUGGUAGCACUGAAUAUCUCACGAAAUAUGGGGUGUGUGUACACAUGAUGCGUACGUGUGCUUUCAAUGAAAAUAAAUGAACACGAUUCAGUUAAUCGGAUGAGAAACGUGAAUAAAAAAAGAAUUACUUUCACGAACAACGACAACACAAAAACACUAAGCUAACGCAAAAGAAGGAAAAAAGUGGAAACGGCGACGGUAUUCAGCUUUAAACAAUCUUUAGAACAGUCGAAGCGAAUUUAAGCAUUACAAGAACGUAACCGACAAAAAUAAAUAUAACGAUGUCAUCAUUAGAAAUACAUUAUCAGAAGAUAAUACAGCGCUAACGCUGAGCAAAGGAAUAUACUACGAAAAAAAAAAUAGAGAAGAAAAAGAGAUUCGUUUCAUCUCUUAGCAUAUAAGGAACAACGCUGUCCUUUAUCUCUUCUAUUUUUCCUCUUUCAUUUAAAAUUCUCAUUAUUAUUUUUAUUUUCUUCUAUCGCAACGGGCGAAUAAAAAGAAGAACAGCAUCAACAACGUUUACAAUAACAAUUUAGUUGUGUAUCCCACUUGGGUAUAUGUGUGCGUGCACUUCUUUCACCUUGUAAUUUUACUGCCAAUUAGAUUGUAUUGUGCCAGCGAACGAAUUCAAUGUGAUAUUCACAAAACAAAGACACACAAGUAAAUCAACAAUAAAAUAGCAAACAGGUAGCAAAAGCUCAUCGAAACGACCAGCGUCACAAGGACCGACAUCAUAGAUAAAAUAAAGCGUGGCAAUUCAUAAGCGCGAGAAAACGAUUAAAAUAACGGUGAAAAGGGUACUGCGAACCGUACAACAACAAACAAAUUGAUUUCGACACAACAACACACAUCAACGAAACAACGUCGCUUACAAAAGACACUCAAAUGUUUCAUAUUUAAUAGAUUUUGUCAAAGUGUAGUCAAACGAGCGGAGACACCUUUCAGCUAGGUAAAAAUUACUGAGAAAAGGCCACAAUUGCACAUAUACACACGUAUCCAUUUAUUCUUUCUAUGGUCUGAACUUUCUAUCUCUUUACCUGUGCAAAACGAUUACCCCCCAUAGGCAUUAUUGAGACGGCUUUUAUGAAUCAUCAUCAUCAUACAAUCAUUAUUCACACUUUCGAUCUGCUGGUGAUUUUUCACCACUUUAAAACACUUUAAAAGACACAAACACUCAACUCAAUUUGCAUCUCAUUUGAAAAGAAAAAGAGACACAAAAAAGAGAGCAAAAAAGGGAACCAUUGAAAGCCACAACGAUCUAGCACAAACCAUUGAACUAAAGCCCAUUUUGUGCACGGUGACAAAUAUCUAGAGAGUGAAAAAAAAUAGAAGCAAAAUUGGAAUUGAAGUCAACCGACAACACAUGCAUCUUCAACAAACACAUUCAAUUGAACGAGACAUAAGCAUCGAUUCAAAAUAAAAGAGUGAGAAAGUAACAACCGAAAAACAACACAUAUAAACGACAUCAACAGCAGUAACAGCGAUAACAACAACGAGACAGUAGUGAAGCAAGAUAUCAAUAUAUUUAACAAGAAAAAUCAGCUUUCACACAUUCAGUCACAUCGCAUUCAUCAUCUAAACACCAUCUGAUUGCCUCAAAUCAUAAAAAAGCAUACCGAAGCCCACAAGGCAUCGAAGGCAUUGUAUAUACGUCGAACCAUUUAUAUUUCAAUCAUUCGACUGUGUUCAAGAAGAGUUACUGCCGUGCUUUAGAUGAAAUACCGCAAGUCAUUGCGAUAAAGUUGAAAAGAAGCACACCAACACCACCACCAACAAAAAAAGAAUACCGAGCGAAAAAAUAAGAAAAUAAUAAGCAAGAGCUGUGUGGUCGGUAGAAAAGUGUAUGCGCCAACAACUCUUUUAUUCAAAAUCUUAUCACAGGCGAAACGAACGAACAAAAAAAGGGGAAAAAAAACAAAUCGAGCUCUAAACGGCUUUAACUUGAGGAAUUUAAAGAAAGACAGGGACAGGACGCGUGCAGUUGAACGACGAUAAUCAAACAAAUCGAGAAAAAUUGCAACAAAUUUUCCAUUUCUGUGCCACCCACCAGAAAACUCUCAUCGCCAGUUUUAGCUCAAGACCAUUAUUUCACAUCAUUUGCACUAAGGCACACGGGGACGUCAAAACGUCGACCAUCAAUUUACAUCAACACCAUCAUCACCAUCAUUGCCAUCGCCAUUACCAUCAUCAUCUUCGUCAUCAUCAACAACAAAAAGUAUAUACAAAAUACAGCAACACCAAAAUACACACAAAAUCUAUCUCGGCUGAAUCACUGAGAGAGAGUAAUGGAUUCCAACUGCUUUUAUCAUAUUCUACUUUAUAUCUUCAUCAUUUUAAAAGGAAGUCAUCAAGGACCUCAUGAAAGACGUCUGCUCAAUACAUUGCUUAAAGAUUACAAUACACUCGAGCGACCCGUAUCCAAUGAAUCGGAUGCGCUGACUGUUCGAUUCGGUCUAACGCUCCAACAGAUUAUCGAUGUGGAUGAAAAAAAUCAAAUUCUCACGACGAAUGCAUGGCUGAAUUUGGAAUGGUUUGAUUACAAUUUAAAAUGGAACGAAUCCGAAUACGGUGGCGUUCGAGAUUUACGGAUAACCCCACAAAAGCUCUGGAAACCAGACAUUUUAAUGUAUAACAGCGCGGACGAAGGAUUUGAUGGCACGUAUCACACGAAUAUAGUAGUUAAAAGUAACGGAAGCUGCCUGUAUGUCCCUCCAGGUAUAUUCAAAUCAACGUGUAAAAUCGAUAUCACAUGGUUUCCCUUCGAUGAUCAACAUUGCGAAAUGAAGUUUGGAAGCUGGACUUAUGAUGGAAACAUGCUUGAUUUGGUAUUAAAAUCAGAGGAGGGCGGUGAUAUCUCAGAUUUUAUUACAAACGGCGAAUGGUUCCUACUCGGUAUGCCAGGAAUCAAGAACACAAUAAAUUAUGCGUGUUGUCCCGAACCAUACGUAGAUGUUACAUUUACAAUUCAAAUAAGACGUCGAACGUUAUAUUAUUUUUUCAAUUUAAUCGUACCGUGCGUUUUAAUUUCAUCGAUGGCCCUGCUCGGGUUCACAUUACCUCCGGAUAGUGGAGAAAAAUUAACAUUAGGUGUUACAAUUCUACUUUCGUUAACUGUUUUUCUGAAUAUGGUGGCGGAGGCAAUGCCAAGCACGAGUGAAAGUGUACCAUUAAUCGGCACAUAUUUCAAUUGCAUCAUGUUUAUGGUAGCGUCAUCGGUUGUGCUGACGGUCGUCGUGCUUAACUAUCAUCAUCGAACUGCCGACAUACAUGAAAUGCCGCCAUGGAUAAGAACACUAUUUCUGAUGUGGUUGCCUUGGAUAUUACGAAUGUCACGGCCGGGUCAUAAGAUAACUAGAAAAUCAAUUUUAAUAUCAAAUCGAAUGAAAGAAUUAGAAUUAAAAGAGCGUUCAUCGAAAUCACUACUUGCCAAUGUACUCGAUAUUGAAGAUGAUUUUCGGCAUCAAGGCCUCAAUUCAUCGCAAACAGCGAUUGGUUCAAGUUUCGGAAGACCAACGACGGUUGAAGAGCACCAUAGUUCGAAUUGUAAUCAUAGAGAUCUACAUUCAAUAUUAAAGGAAUUGCAAUUCAUAACGGCUCGAAUGCGACGAUCAGACGAUGAAGCUGAAUUAGUUAGUGACUGGAAGUUUGCGGCAAUGGUUGUCGACAGGUUUUGCUUGAUCGUAUUCACAUUGUUUACGGUGCUGGCAACAUUUGCUGUGCUGGCAAGUGCACCCCAUAUCAUCGUCUCGUAAUCGCGGCCAUCAUCAUUAUCGCGCAUAAAAUAAAUAGAUUCAAAAUCAUCAUCAUCAUCAUUAUUAGCACGAGAGAAUAAAAUAACAAAAACAGCAACAACAAAAAAAUCGACAAAGUCACAAAAUAAUAAUAAAUGAAUCAAAUAACAAUAAAAUAACGCUCAACCGAACAAAAGCAAAAUAAAUUACUAAUAAAUGUGUAGAUUUGCAGUAAAAUGUGAUUAAUGGUUAUCCAAAUAUGUAUUGAAGAAAAGCCAACCGACGAAAUGAAUGGCUGAAGUUAUUUUGUGUGCGAAAGAACAGACACAUAUACUAGCCAAGUGGAACACAAUACGCACAUCCACACCGGAAAAUGGUUUUUGAGUGAGUGAAUUUUGUGCAUAUUUGUGAAAAUAAAUAUAUUCAUCGAAAUGAAAGACAGAAGAGCAUAAAAGCGUUAAGCAAACUCGCAAGACAUAGUGUUUUACGAAAAAUGAAACAUCUGACAUAUUUCAGCCAACGAAAGUGAAUAAUGUGCUUGAAACGAUUUAUGAGCAUACAGUUAAACGGUGUUGAAAGCAACUCAGACGGAAACGUAUCAAAAUCAAAACUAAAUUCCAUUAAGUGGCUAUUAAAAUAAAGAAGGACAAAUGAAGUAAAUAAUAAAAUGACAACAGUUCUUUAUGCUUUUUUUCUCUUCCUCCCUCUAUCUCUCUCUCACCAUCCAUUAUGUAUAUGAAGUGAGAGAAUAAUGUGCGCCUCUUCCCCAACUCCUAUCUCCCUCAAUUCAUUGGUGUGAAUUGUAUUAUGGUUUGGAUCGUAAAACCGGCGCCGCUAACAAGAUGACGCGAUGAAUGAUGCCACAGGGAGUGGAGAGAGAGAGAGAGAAUGCGAGAAAGUGAGAACAAUAGAACGGUAACAGACCGCAAUUGUCGUCGAUUGUGUAUGCAAUUAUGAUUCGUACUUUAAAUACAAAAAGCACAUCAUUUAGUUCCUUAUCAAGUAAACAAUGUUCGCGGGUAUAUUUUAUAUUUGUUCGUUAUGCUAUUAUUAUUAUAUUACGGAAAUGUGCAAGUAAUUAAGCCAAACACCUCAGCGACACAUAAAAAAAUGAAGAUAUUGCCGGACUGAAGAGUGAAUAUGAAAAUGAGAACGCACAGUGAAUGAACAAAAAAAAAAUGUGAACGAGAAAGCCGCUGAAAAUGAGAUCUGGAGGAUAUUGUUUUGUUUUUAUCUGUUUAUGUUUCGGUUUGGUGACGACGGUAAUGUACGCGUGGGACUCACAAUCAACACAAGAAUAUUUUUUUAUCAUAUAUAAAUGUAUCCGGUAACAAUUCACAGACAGUGACCAGCCUAAUCGGUAUGAAUUUAGUAAGACAACAACCGAAAAACAAAAUGUACACACACAUAAUUUAACCACAAAUUAGAGUUUGAAUGUUUGCAGUAAACGGAACAUAAGCAUCGUGUUCUUCUUGUAUUUUAAAUGGCAGGAUUAUACAUAUAAUCCAUAUUUUUCAUGGACGCGUUUUUUUUCGUUGAAUCCAAACAGAAUCCACACCAAAUGCAGCGGCUUUUCGCGAAAAAAAAGGUCGUUUACAAAGACAAAACAACAAAUCUCCGUUUAAAGACGAAACAAAAAACAUAAGCCUAUAUGUAAUUCGAGUGAAACAAAAACCAACCAAAAAUAAUGACAAAAAAAAGCAUAAAGAUUUACAGAAAAGCUCACAUUGAAACACUUAAUAAUCGAAAAAUCCUCAAUCAACUAUGAUUACAUUAAUAGUGAAGACAUUUACUAUUUAAAGUAUUAUUAAAAUUGGUACAGAAAAAAACCAUAAAAUGAUGGCGUAAACGAUAUGAAUUUAAAAAAUAACACCUCUAAAAUAUACAUUUUAAACGGAAAGCUAAUGUUAUGUGUUCUCCGGAUGAAAAAAAAAGAAGUUCCAUAGUUAAAAUGAAUAUUGAAUUAUGAUGUUGUUUAUGUAAAUUGCAUGUGUAACGCGCAGCGAAUCGUUAUUAUAUUUUUUAGAAAGUGACACCUUAAGGUAAAUGUAAUUUAAAUUAUUAUAUUGAGAUAUACAGAGACGAGCACAAAAUCAUUGCAUAAGCAAACGAAAACGUUUCUUGGCGAAGAGAGGUGCUACUUUUUUCGUCAAAACUAUGUGUGAAGUGAGAAUAAGAGAAAUUUAGAAUUUCUCAUAAUCGAUUUAAAUAAAUAUAUGGCACAGAGCUUAGGCAAGAAACAAUUGUUUUUAUCUAAUAAAUAAAUAAACCAAAAAAAUGUAUUUAUAUAUAAAUAUACAUACAUACAUAUAUAUAUUUGUGUUGGACGCGAAAGAGAAAAAAAACAUGAUGAAUGCGUACGUACGAGUGCUAAAGACCCAAAUAAAGCAGAAGUAUAGAUGAUAUUUUAAAUGCCUAGUCAAUUAAUUAAUUUAAAAGAGAGAAUGGUGUAAAUAAAACAAGAUUUCACAGACCCAAUUUACUAUAUAUAUGUACUAAUUAUCGAUCGUCUUGAAGUACA